AUGGGUUACGAAGACGACAUCUCCAACAGCCACGGAUCCUCCGGCAAGUCUUUCGAUGAGUCCGAGAAGAAAGGCUAUGACGCCCCGCCUGCAUUCGACUCAGCCCCUAUGGUAGGUGAAAUGACAGAUGCGGAACAGGCUGUCAUUGAUCACGGAAUCCACAAGUUCAAUCGGCUGGGAUGGAAGCGACUCACCGUGGUGCUCAUCGUCGAGGCUAUUGCAUUGGGUAGUCUGUCCAUUCCUUCAACCUUCGCAAAGCUCGGCAUGGUUGCUGGUGUCAUCUGCUGUGUGGGAGUUGGCUUGAUUGCUAUCUAUACCAGUUAUAUCGUUGGUCAAGUGAAGCUGCUUUUCCCGGAGGUUGCCAACUACGCAGACGCAGGUCGUUUGAUGUGGGGAAGAUUCGGAUAUGAGUUGAUUAACUUCAUGUUGGCCCUCCAAUUGAUCUUCCUUACGGGCUCUCACUGCUUGACCGGUACGAUCGCAUGGCAAAAUAUCACGCAGUCCACUAUUUGUUCUGUGAUCUUUGCUGUGGUAUCCGCGAUAAUCCUACUUCUCUUGGCUAUUCCCCCCAGUUUCACCGAGGUCGCUAUUCUCGGUUAUGUGGAUUUUGCAUCAAUUAUCAUUGCAAUCGGUAUUACUAUCAUUGGAACCGGUAUUGAUGCCCACAAACAACCGGGCGGCUUAGGUGCAGUUCCCUGGUCUGCAUGGCCAAAGGAGGAUCUUGUAUUUGCCGAGGCAUUUAUUGCUAUUUCGAACAUUGUUUUCGCAUACAGCUUUGCUAUGUGCCAGUUCUCCUUCAUGGAUGAAAUGCACACCCCUCGCGAUUUCAAGAAGUCCAUCUGGGUACUUGGUAUCAUUGAAAUCAUUAUUUACACCAUGACUGGUGCCCUUAUUUAUGCCUUCGUUGGACCCGAUGUCUCGAGCCCUGCCCUGACCUCCGCCGGUCACACCCUUGGCCGUAUCGCCUAUGGAGUUGCAUUGCCUGUCAUCUUUAUCAGUGGAUCGAUCAACACAGUCGUUUUUGGUCGUCUGAUUCACGGACGUAUCUUUGCCAACUCGCCUAUUCGAUUCAUCAACACCAAGAUGGGUUGGAUCACAUGGAUGGCUGUCAUCACGGCUGCCACUGUCAUUGCUUUCAUCAUUGCAGAGGUUAUUCCGUUUUUUGAUGACCUGCUCUCCAUUUCUUCCGCCCUCUUUAUCUCCGGUUUCACAUUUUACUUCCCUGCUCUGAUGUGGUUCCUACUCAUCAAGAAGGGCAGCUGGAUGGACCGUGAAAACAUUGUGUUGGCUAUUGUCAAUGCCUUCAUUUUCGUCAUUGGUAUUCUCAUCUUGGGUGCUGGCACCUAUUCGAGUAUUUAUGACAUUAUCCAGAACUACAAUGACGGUACUGUACGAGGUGUGUUCACAUGUGGAUCACCAUCUACAUAA